UCCACCCUCCACAACCAGGAAGAAAAGAAACGCCCAUACGGAUAAAUAAAAGAAGCGUUAGCCGUCCUGUCUCGUGUGAGCCAAAGAUGUCAUUCACGUGCAGAUUCCGCAGACUUUAACAAGUGAUGCGCUUGGGUUGCAAUUCGACCGGAGUCAAGCGUGGUCGUCAGAGGCUCUCACCAACACCGGGAGCCGGGGGAGUCGUGGAUGUCAAACUGGAAGAGCGACCAUCUGAACAAACUAAUGCAACGAAUGCACUAGGGAUGGGUGGCAAGCUUCCAAUUCGACCGGCGAUUCCACUUAAGAGAAGAAAAUGAACGCACUUGGAUAUAAAGUGUUCUCCAACUGAGGUCUUCCCCCCCCCCUUCAUAAUGGAAACACGGAGCCGAGUGGAGCAGACAACACUGUUUUUACUAGCCAGUUGGCCACGUUAGCCUAGCUCACUAGCUCUUAGUUCCUCAACGCUACAUCAAAUAAAUUAGUGGGCUGAGUUCGUCACGCAAACUCAGCCCACUAAUUUAAAAAGGUACGCACGACAUUCAGGUUUGUUGACUUCCUCGCCUUAGCUGCGUGGAUAAAUUUGUUUCGUGACAGGUUUUACUAGAGUAGCACCCUUUGUCACUUCCGUCUUUCGGGUUUGUAUUUUGUCAGGGCUAGCACAUACGCGUUUUAGCUAGGUUUUUAUUUGAAAUACUGUUAAGACUGUCAAGCGAGCGACAAACAUGGCUCAAGAAGAGUUUCCUUUACAUUUUCUGGUGUGGAACAAUCUGUAUCAGGAGCUUGACCAGGAGAUGCAAAAGAAAGAGCAAAAUCUAGAGCGGGUGGAUCCGAGGGGGCGCACCCCACUGGAGCUGGCAGUAUCCCUGGGCCACCUGGAGUCCACCCGAGUGCUGCUCAGAUACACCGCAGACCCGACGCACUGCAACGCACAAGGCUGGACGAUUUUGCAGGAGGCAGUGAGCACUGGGGACCCAGAGUUAGUUCAACUGGUGCUUCAGUACAGAGACUUCAAACGUGCGACUGAGAGGCUGGCAGGUAUCCCAGAACUGCUGCGCAAGCUGAGAAAGGCACGGGACUUCUAUGUUGAGAUGAAGUGGGAGUUCACCAGCUGGGUGCCUUUGGUUUCCAAGGUGUGCCCCAGUGAUGUGUACCGUGUUUGGAAGAGUGGCUCGUGUCUCCGUGUAGAUACCACCCUCCUAGGUUUUGAGCACAUGACCUGGCUGAAAGGACGACGGAGCUACAUCUUCAAGGGUGGAGAUGACGGGGCCGUGGUCAUGGAGGUGGACCACGAAAAGCAGGUGGUGUACACGGAGCCGCUUGUAUUGUCUCCACGUGAUGCGCCCUCCCUGCUGGCGGCCAUGCAGCCGUCGCAGGAGAACACAGCGCAAAGACUCACAUCACCGAUUGUUGCUACGCACCUCAACACCCGCAACAUUGCUUUUGAGCGGAACAAGUCUGGGAUUUGGGGCUGGCGUUCUGAAAAAAGUGAGAUGGUUAGUGGAUAUGAAGCAAAGGUUUACAGUGCAACCAAUGUGGAGCUGGUGACUCGGUCAAGAACGGAGCAUCUAUCAGACCAGGAUAAAUCACGGAGCAAAGGCUCCAAAACUCCUCUGCAGUCUUUCCUGGGAAUUGCUGAACAGCACACAGCUCACAAUGGGAGUAAUGUGUCCCAGUGCGCCAGUCCACACAACCCCACCGCUAUCACGGCUGAAGAAUACUUUAAUCCAGACUUCAACCUUAACGGCCGGGACAUUGGACGCCCCAUUGAGCUCACUAGCAAAGUGCAGAGGUUCAAGGCUAAUCUGUGGUUGAGUGAAACUCACCCUCUGUCAUUAGCUGAACAGGUGACGCCCAUUAUAGACCUCAUGGCCAUCUCCAAUGCUCACUUUGCUAAGCUUCGUGACUUCAUCACCUUACGCUUGCCUCCAGGUUUUCCUGUCAAAAUAGAGAUUCCGCUGUUUCACGUGCUGAACGCCAGAGUCACCUUCAGUAACUUGUGUGGCUGUGACGAGCCUGUAAGCUCAGUGACUGUUCACAAACCAGAGGGGUCAGAAGAAGCAGGACAGUCAACUGCUCCCUUUCAAUGCGAGGUUGACCCCUCUGUGUUUGAGCCCCCGGCAGACUACACCACCCUCGGACCGGGCCGCAGUGAGCCAAUGAGGGAUGAGGAUGACAACUUGCUGCAGUUCGCCAUCCAGCAAAGCCUUCUGGACGCUGGAACAGAGAGUGACCAGGUGACCAUCUGGGAGGCGCUAACCAACAGUCGGCCGGGACCCCAAUCGCCCCUAUAUGAGGAAGACACUCAGUUGGAGAGAGCCAUUCAGGAGUCUCUGUCUAUCUCAUUGGCUAGCAGAGUAGGGGCAGACGAUGUGCAAGAUCCCAACCAGCCCCCAUCAGACUCUCCCAUGGACUCCACCGCCAAUUAUCCACUCUCCUUUAAUACGGCGAGUGAACCAGCGUUAUCGGGACACUUCGGUGGGGCUAGCAGCUUCGAUGAGCAGCUGCGUAUUGCUAUGGAGCUCUCAUGCCGUGAGCAGGAGGAGAUUGACAGGAAGCGGAAAGAGGAAGAAGAGGAACUAGAGAGGAUCCUACAGCUGUCACUCACCGAGAAGUAAUGUAACAUGAAUUUGGAGCUGGCCGUGGGGAUUUUGGGGAAACAUGAACUCCUAAUUUAUUCUUGUUUUAUUUUUAAACACAGAGACGCUAAGUUAUUGCAGAUGUUUUAUUUAUUUCUUUAUUUCCCUGAAAAGUGUGAAAGAUGAGAAUGAGUGACGUAAUUAAGUGACGUAAUUAAUGCAAACUGGUACUCUGAAUCACAUAACCAAGGCAGGGGAGACAAAGGGAGCUUUUAAAAAACAUUUUUUCAAUUAAAUAUUUUGCUGAGUUUCGAUGUCUUUAAAAGCCUAAUGGUCUUAUUUCUUUAAACAUUACAUGAUCCAUGGUACCGAUAAGCAUAACGAAACAUAUACAAAUAUUAAUGAACCUUGGCAUCAUUUGUUGACUUGCUCGUGUUUGUGUGAAAAAUAAAUAAUUAAUAAUCCAUCAUCCCCAGAAUGUGUUUCUUUUCCCUCUCCUGUAAACAUUUUAAUCAGGGCUUUGUAUUUGGCCAGCUCUGUUUGCUGUUGAAGUAAUUGUAGGAUUUCUUCAUCUUGUAACAGUUUAUUUUUUAUACAGUCCUUCUGGAGUACUAUCUAAAAUAUCUUAAACCAAGAUGUUGCUGAGCUGGGAAAACAUUCUAUUGACAGAAAACAAAAAGAAUCAGAAUAAUUGGUUUACAUGUAUGUACUUUGCAUUUCAAAAGGAUCAGUGCCAGUCUUGGCUUUCCUGGUACACUCUUUCUCCGUGUUGUUACUCCGUAGCCCAACAACUUGCCGAAGUUUUGCAUCCCGCUGAACUAUUAAAAGGUAAAAUAUAUAAGUAAAUUUAACACACAAACAUUUGUGAUAAUAACUUGCUACAUUUACACCUUUAUUCAUGUUGUUGUCAUCAGGGAACACAUAUUCACCUUCCCCUUGCUUGGUUUGUGAAAGCACCACAGGCCCUGUUUGUGCCUUGGGUACAUUUCUCAUUGUUGAGCUUAGAUGCUUAGAAGCUUUCAUGUCUGUAAGAAUGAAUGGCCAUUAGGAAAAUAAUUUGACUACUUACACAUGCAAAGGUCAAUGUUCACAUGCAGUAGUAAAAUACAUACUCCUGAAAUCCAUCAUACUUAAAUGCACCAAGAACAUCUUGAAAAAGUAUUAGUAGUGUUUGUAAGUGAAAAAAACUGCAGUUGCAUGAGCCCCCCCCCCCCCCCCCCCAAACUUUAAUAAUUACAAAAAAAAAAACCAAUCACUUAAAUACAUGAGGGCACUUCAGUAGUGUGAGUAAAGUAAUGUAAUGUCCCCAUUAGAGCAGGGCGGUAAACCGAAAAUUUACCGUUACCGAAAUUCUUCACGAUGACCGACGUAAUUUUGACCAUGUCGGUAAAUUCGGUAAUUUAAUAAAAGAAGAAAAUAUAGUCUUUUCAUCCCGCUUUAACUCUGUGUUGUUCGGCUAUGUUCAUUCCCCUUUAAGAAAGCAGACAGUGUGCUUACGUUUGGAGUCACAUGGUUUUCAGGAAGCCAAUCAAACAGAAGCCCGGUAGGCUAACGCUAGCUGCUAACGCUAGCUGCUAACGCUAGCGGCUAACGCUACAUGUAAACGGGAUGAAGUCGGGCUUAAAUUAGCUUCGCCAAACUUUCACCAGACAUUAAGUAAACUCUUGACGGGUUCCAGAUAGGGAUGGAAAAACGAAGGCUUUCUGAAACUAUGAACCUCUUUUAUGACAAUUGCCCUAAAUUGAAUCACUGUUUGACACACUGCAAGAGCCCCAUCUACUGUAUAAACAGUGCACGUUUCUUUUUAAAAGUAAAGUUG